AAGGGGGUUCCAGUUACUGUGGCAACCGUUUCGGGCCUAAGCUCUCCCCUUCUGGAAGGAGGGGGGGGGGGGUGAGUGGCGAGUGAAUGGUUGCCACAGCAACCAAGGGGCGCCCACAAGAACUGGGAAGAGGCAGCUGAGCCCUACCUCCCGUGCCCAGGGCUGCUGUGGGCACUUAAGCAUCAUUCUCCCAUCCCCACGGGGUUGUUUUAGGGGAGGGAGAUAAAGUACAGAUUAUAAAACAGGGAUUCCAUUCAUUCUCUCUACCCACCAUGAGCCAGUCACCACAUCAGCUGGCCCAGACUCACUCCCCAGACCCUUUCCAUGAAAAUGGGUCCAGUCUGUCAGAAAUGUCUCCAUUGCUGUCUCAUAUGUGUUCCCUCCUCUGCCCCUUGCUUAACAGGAACUACAGAACGGGUAUGCCUAGUACAGGGCACGGCAGAGGCCUUGAAUGCCGUUCACAGCUUUAUCGCAGAGAAGGUCCGAGAAAUCCCGCAAGCGAUGACCAAGCCCGAGGUGGUCAACAUUCUUCAACCCCAAACCACGAUGAACCCCGACAGAGCCAAGCAGGCCAAGCUCAUCGUCCCCAACAGCACGGCGGGACUGAUCAUCGGUAAGGGGGGAGCGACGGUGAAGGCGGUGAUGGAACAGUCCGGCGCCUGGGUGCAGCUGUCGCAGAAGCCCGAGGGCAUCAACCUGCAGGAGCGCGUGGUGACCGUGAGCGGCGAGCCUGAGCAGGUGCAUAAGGCCGUGAGCGCCAUCGUGCAGAAGGUACAGGAAGACCCGCAGAGCAGCAGCUGCCUCAACAUCAGCUACGCCAACGUGGCGGGGCCCGUGGCCAACUCCAACCCCACCGGCUCGCCCUAUGCCAGCCCGGCCGACGUGCUGCCCGCCGCGGCCGCCGCCUCCGCCGCCGCCGCCUCGGGUCUUCUUGGCCCGGCGGGGUUGGCGGGCGUGGGCGCCUUCCCCGCCGCGCUGCCCGCCUUCUCGGGCACCGACCUGCUGGCCAUCAGCACGGCGCUCAACACGCUGGCCAGCUACGGCUACAACACCAACUCGCUCAGCCUGGGUCUCAACUCGGCCGCCGCCUCGGGCGUCCUGGCCGCGGUGGCCGCGGGCGCCAACCCCGCCGCCGCCGCCGCAGCUAACCUACUGGCGUCCUACGCGGGCGACGCCGGGGCGGGGCCGGGGGCGGGGGCAGCCCCGCCACCGCCACCGCCCCCCGGAGCGCUGGGCUCCUUCGCGCUGGCCGCGGCCGCCAACGGCUACCUCGGUGCGGGCGCGGGGGGCGCGGCUGGAGCGGGGGGCGCGCCCCUGGUGGCCGCCGCGGCUGCGGCCGGGGCUGCCGGCGGCUUCCUGACGGCCGAAAAGCUGGCGGCCGAGAGCGCCAAGGAGCUGGUGGAGAUCGCGGUGCCCGAGAACCUGGUGGGGGCCAUCCUGGGCAAAGGGGGCAAGACGCUGGUGGAGUACCAGGAGCUGACGGGUGCGCGCAUCCAGAUCUCCAAGAAGGGCGAGUUCCUGCCCGGCACGCGGAACCGGCGGGUCACCAUCACGGGCAGCCCCGCGGCCACGCAAGCCGCUCAAUACCUCAUCAGCCAGCGGGUCACCUACGAGCAGGGGGUGAGGGCCUCAAACCCACAGAAAGUGGGAUGAGGCCUGUGGUGUGCGUCCCCACCCCCUCCCGCUCCUCCUCCCUCUUCCUUCUCUCCCAGCUCCUGCCAGACUUCAGCUUGGUGUGACUCCUGCUUGGCUUGGGAUGGGGCUGGGGUAGGCCUGGCUGCACCCUCCCUUCUGGUAGUCAUAGGCAGGAUUGAGUGACGGCUGAGGAGGGGGCUCUUGAGCCCCCUCCCCAGCCUCGAAUUGACCCCUCUUCUCUCCCUCCCUGUGCUUAACUGGGCCUGACCCGCCUCUCCCAGGGUCCAGGUCUAUGUGAUAUCUGUAUAUAUUGCAUUUUGUUGAUUUUAAUAGAAAACAAAGCGUUAUUUUCUCUUUC